GAGCGAACAGUUAGCGAGAUACGCGUUUGGCCAAUUGAACGGAGCGAAUGUAGCGGAAGCGUGAAGUUCUAUACAAAAACAAAACAUUCGCAAGCGCGCUAAUAAAUUUGCUAAAAUAAAAUUGGACUUUUGCAGACUUUACGAAAUCUAUAUACAAACAGACUCCUCAUACAUUUGUUUGUACUGAACAAUUUGGAAAAUUAUUUAGUGAUACAACAACAAACAAGAAAAAAAAAUAGUGCCUAAUUUAUAUAACAAAAAAAAAAACCAAAACAAAAACAAAAUGGUUAAGUUGGCAACAGUUAAUUUUUUGAAAGCAAAAUGGCGCCUGUUCUCAUCUGCACAUCCACUGGCCAAAGGUGUUAUCGCAUAUUCGAUUGUAUGGCCGACGAGUAGUUUUAUGCAGCAAACGCUCGAAGGCAAAAAACUGAAGGAUUAUGAUUGGAUGCGUAUACUACGUUUUGGCCUAUUUGGUGGCUGUUUUGUGGCGCCCACUUUAUAUGGUUGGUUGCGUGUGGCCUCCACAAUGUGGCCGCAAACGAAUUUACGUAUUGGAGCGCUGAAGGCCAUCGUUGAGCAAGCUUCGUACGCACCAUUCGCCAGCACGAGCUUCUACUUCGGCAUGACAGUGCUGGAGGGUAAAGGCUAUGAAGCGGCUAAAGCUGAAGUCAAAGAUAAAUUCCCAAAAACCGUUAAAAUUGCCAUUUUCAUCAUUCCAGUUUUGCAGACAAUUAACUUCGGUUUAAUACCCGAACCGAAUCGAAUUUUAUUUGUUAGUUUUUGUAGUCUCUUCUGGAUCACAUUUUUAGCACACAUGCAGAAGCAGGGUGAUAAAUUGAAACUCGAAGAGCAAAAGUCGAAACAACAGUUAAAACAGUUCCAACAUCAUUUAGCAUUGCCGCAGAAUGAGAGUUUAAUACCAAAAGUUAAUAAUGCAUUUGCGCUAUAAUGACUGAAACGCAUAAUCACGCACACACACACACUCACAUAGACUACAUAUACAUACAUACAUAUACUAAAUAUAUUUAUAGCUAGAAAAUAACGAAAAAAUAUGUGAUUAUAUACGCUUACCGAAACGCUACAUGCAUAUUUUAUAUUUAUACGAUUUUACUUACAUACAUACAUACUUAACUAUAAUACAUAUAUAGACAAUUAUAAUUGGGGAUUUUAAAAAUGUUAACGACAAAUAAAGUGAUGAUUUAGCGACGAUUUAAA